CAAUGUUUGAAAAAAUCUCAUAUGAAGAUGCUCAAUCAGCAUCAAACCAACUUUUUCAAUGUGCUUCAAAUCUUUUAAAUGGUGUGAAUGAGCCAUUACAAGGACGAACAGAUAUACUUGAUUUGGAUUAUUCUCGAGCAAAUGCCAUACCUACUGAUUAUGAUACUGAUCUUGAAUCUGAAUGGUCAAAUUUAAAUUUAUUUUCUGAUGGAAAUGAUUUUUCUAUUAAAACAAUCGAAAAAAAUCGAAAUAUUUAUUAUCAAAAACAAUUAGCAAAUCAAAUCAAUAGUCAAGUAACAGAAAUGAUAUCAUUAUUAACUUCUUCAUUAAAUAUUCAUAUAAAUAUCGGUCAAAAUUAUCUAAUGAAUACAUCUCAAUCAUUUGUAUCAUUAGAAACUAUAUCAAUCCAAUCACUCAAAGAUAGACUUGUGAAACAAAUUGAAAAUGCUCAAUUUAAUAUUCCAUCAGAUUUUAUUUUAAAUACAACGUCUAAUUCUUCAAUUUCACUUCGAUCAAGAGUAGAUCCACUUGCUUCAUAUGGAAAUUUUCAAAAUACAAAUCUUUCGAGAUCAAUUUCACUUUCAAUUAUUGAUCAGAAUGGAAAUGAAGUUUCUUUUGAAGCCUCUCAAAAUAAUCCAAUACAAAUGAUUAUUCCUCGUGAUCCAAAUGUAUUAAUUCCAUCAAUGUAUGUACAAAAUGUUACAUCAAUUAAUUCAACUAUUAAUAAUUUAUUAUUUAAUUAUCAUUAUAUUAAUAUAACAAGUUCACUUCCAAUUUCAGUUCAUUUUGAAAUUCAUUCUUUAAAUCGAAGUCUUGCUUAUUUAUUUAUUUAUAAAUUUGAUCAAACACCACAAUUAAAUAGUUCAAUUAAUCUCAUUGAUGGAUGGACAAUUUUUUGUCCUUUCAAUUUAACCAAUGAUGAUAUAUAUCGAUAUUUUAUUGAUAAUCAACAAACACCUACUCAUCAAUCAUUAAUAUUUGGAAUAAGAGAAUUAAAUUCAGCAGAAACUAAUAAUUAUUGUUUAAAUAAUUCUUCAAUAAAUACGUCUUUACCAAUCACCGAUGAACCAUAUGAUUUUACAUCAAAUUAUGAACUUCGUAUAUAUACAUCAGGUUGUUAUUAUCUUGAUGAAAAUAAUCAAUGGAAAUCAGAUGGAUUAACAGUUGGUCCUUUGACAAAUCUCUAUGAAACUGAAUGUCUUUCAACUCAUUUAACGACAUUUGCUGGUGGUUUUAUUGUUUUACCUGCACCAAUUAAUUGGAGUUAUGUUUUUGCAAAUGCUGAUUUGGUAAAAAAUAAAACUGUUUAUUUAACAGUGAUAUUUACUUCAAUAUUUUAUAUAAUUUUAAUGAUUUAUGCACGUUUUCAAGAUAAGAAAGAUUUUGAAAAAUUGGGAGUAACACCAUUAGUUGAUAAUAAUAAAUCUGAUCA